CGAUCGUAUUAGAAACACUUGGUGUAUUUAAUUAUAAAGUUGGUGUAAACUUAAGAUAGACUAUAGAACUGUUUAGAAAAUAUAUAAAAAGUUGUAUAUAUUUGCAAAAUGGUGAUUUAUGGUGUUUAUAUAGUUUCUAAGUCUGGUGGCCUGAUUUUUAAUCACGAUCACAAUGUUCCGAAAAUUGAAAUUGAAAAGGUUUUCAAUUAUCCACUUGAUAUUAAAUUAACUUACGAGAAUAAAAAAAUAGUUGUAUCCUUUGGUCAAAGGGAUGGAAUAAAUGUGGGCCAUGUAUUAGCAGCUGUUAAUGGUCAACCAGUGACUGCAAAAGAAUUAGAAGAUGGUAGAAAUGUUUUAGAAAUGCUUGAGAAGUCUGAGAAUUUUCCUAUAACCUUAAAAUUUACUCGAUCAAAGAUGACUACAAAUGAAAAGAUUUUCUUAGCCUCAAUGUUUUAUCCACUUUUUGCCAUUGCAAGUCAACUUAGUCCAGAACCUAGAUGCUCUGGUAUUGAAGUACUUGAAGCUGACACUUUUCGAUUAUAUUGCUAUCAAACCUUAACCGGUGUGAAAUUUAUGAUUAUUUCUGAACCAUCUCAGCCAGGAAUGGAAAUUUUAUCAAAAAAAGUAUACGAAUUGUAUGCAGAUUAUGCAUUGAAGAACCCUUUUUAUUCAUUAGAAAUGCCAAUUCGUUGUGAACUUUUUGAAACAAAUUUACAAACUCUUUUAGAAGCUGUUGAAAAAUCUGGUAUAAGUAAUGUUUAAUUUAAAUAUAACUAAUAACUAAUUGUAAAUAAUACAAAUUAGAAAUAAU